AGAGUGCCUAGAUGCAGCAGGCAAGGGGUGAUCGGAUCUUGUUCUCUGUGGCUGAUGACAAUGUCAUGAUGGACCAGAUCCUCAGUACACAUUCUCCUGAUGGUCGUAAAUUUCAUGUCCAGCCUCUUUUUGUUAUCAUAGAGGAUGUCAUGCACCAUGCCAAUGCACCCCUCCCUGGCACUAUUCUUUCCACCACUCUUCAGGCACAGUUGGAUGAGAAAGCUCUUAACAGCAGCUUCUCUGGCAUGCUUAAACUUUUAGCCCCCGCUAUUAAGAAGAUUUCCUGUGAGAUAUCCUGCAAAUGUUCUGCAGAAGGGGAUGCACAAGCAACAACAGUCUCACUCUUUAAGAUGCUCUCAAACUAUCCAUGGGAUGUUAAGUUAGUAGUAGCGUUGGCGGCUUUCACUGUGAUCUAUGGCGAAUUCUGGCUAGUGGCACAGCUUUACCCCACCAACCCUCUAGCCAAAUCAGUUGCACACCUCAGGCAACUUUCAAGUAUAAUGCAGCGGGCUGAAUCUUCAAUACCAAAGUUUGAGUCACUUGGUAAACUGAUCAACGCAGUGCUUGUUCUAACAAAGUGCAUUGUGAAAUUAACUAGCCUCCCUUCUCAGUACAUUAGCUCGGACACCCCAGAGAUGGUCACUGCCACUGCUCAUAUCCCUACAGCUGUUUACUGGACCAUCAGAAGUAUUGUGGCUUGUGCAUUUAUAAUUAUAAAUCUUAGAGACACUAGUAAUGAGUACAUUACCUCGACAACAGAGGCAUGGGAACUGUAUAGCUUGUCCCGUAAGGUGGAUAACAUACACACCCACCUUAGCAAACAAUUGUCUCGUUGCCAUCAGCACAUUGCUAUGAUGAAACACGAUGAACUUUAUAGAACACUUCUCCGGCUGCUUGAAACACCUUUCAUUGACAACACGAAGUUCCUGAAGGCUUUGAUUUACCCCAAAGACGAUCAGCUCCCGCUGUUUAAUGGUCAUACCAGGAGAAGGGUUAGCAUCGAGACACUGAGAAGGAAGAUUGUGGUGCUUCUCAUUUCCGAAUUUGACAUACCCUUAGAGGAGCUAUUGCUGUUUGAGUUGAUGUAUGGAGAAGCAAAGCAAAACUCAUCUGGGACCGAGAGUCAUUAUGAAUUUGUCUGGCUUCCAAUCACGGAUAGAUCGGUUCCAUGGAAUGAAGAAAAGCAAAAAUUACUUGAAAAAACACAAGACUCAAUGCCAUGGCUCUUUUUGCAUCAUCCGUCUAUGCUCGAUCCAGUUGCCAUUGAGUACAUCAAGGAUAACUGGCACUUCACCAAGAAGUCUAUCGCUGUAGUGGUGGAUCAGCAAGGGAAAGUUGUGAACCUUGAUGCCCUCCAUAUGAUGCGGAUUUGGGGUAGCUUUGCUUACCCUUUUACCAGUGUCAAAGAAGAGCAACUUUGGAAUGUAGAAUCCUGGAGAAUGGAAUUCCUGGAUUAUGGAAUUCAUUUCAUGAUCUCUGAAUGGAUUUCUGAAGGGAGAUACAUCUGCUUGUAUGGUGGCGACGAUAUAGAGUGGAUCCACAAGUUCACCCAUGCAGCAAAUGUAGUAGCGCACACUGCCCGUAUCCCACUAGAGAUGUUCUAUGUAGGCAAAAGCAACCCGAGGGACAAGAUUCAAAAGAUCAAUAACACCAUUGUUGCUGAAAAACUUAGUCAUGCGUUGCCACAGCUGGCCUAUAUCCGGUUCUUCUGGAGUAGGCUAGAGAGCAUGUGGCACUCCAAAGUGCAACAUGGCAAAUCUGUUGAAAAUGAUCAGAUUAUGAAAGAAAUCAUGAUGAUGCUAUACUUUGGCAGUAGUGAUCAAGGAUGGGCGGUGAUCGGUCAAGGCAUGGAUAUGGCAAAGGCGAAAGGUGAAAUGUUUUUGAUGAGUUUGUCUCAGUUGUCUGAUGAACGGAAGCAUGACAUUGUUGAUAAAGGUUUUUUGCCUGCUCUGAAUGAUAUUUUUCAAGAGCUUUAUACUCCGCAUCAUUGUCAUCGUAUUAAACUUCCCGGAUCAACAAGCAGUGUUCAGGACAAGGUGGUCUGUGCAGAAUGUGGCUGUGCUAUGGAGAAAUCCAUAAUGUACAGUUGCUGCACCGAUUAACUGCAAGAUUUUACAAGUCAUUAUGGUCGAUGAUUUUGAUUUACUGAAAACAUUGUGAUUCAUGUUGGACAAAAUUGUAUUUUGCUGUCUGCUUUGUGGUAAUCCUCUAGUUGCAGAGUUAAUGGAUUAUCAUUAGGAGCCAAAUAUUAUCUCUCCUGCUAAGGCUUUAUAAUUUUAGACUUGAAUAACUACUCCAAAGUGUGAUAUACAAUGUUACUUGUCACUCACUGCAAAGUGUGAUGUAUA